AUGUCACUUUUGGGUCUCUAUGCUGCUAUCUUCAUGAUUAUUGCAUUAGAAAUCAAGUUUGAGCUGGCUUUGCUAUUGCGUGAAAAGGCUGCAGACAGAGGUAUGCAUGGUCCAUCUAGUCGGAGUUCUGCCUUUCCACCAAAAGCAAGGCUGCUCCAGCAACGAAGGGCUCAUGCUGCACCAACAUUCACCAUCAAGCGGUUGGCAGCAGAGGCAGCAUGGAUGCCUGCUAUCGGCAAUGUUUCUACUGUGCUGUGUUUUGGCAUCUGCCUGGUUCUGAAUAUCACACUCACUGGUGGCUCGAACCGUGCUAUUUUCUUCCUGGCGCCCAUCCUUCUGCUCUUGAACCAGGAUUCAGAUAUCUUCGCAGGAUUUGGUGAUAGGCAGCGCUAUUUCCCAGUAACAGUUUCUAUUUCUGGUUAUUUAUUAUUGACGGCAUUGUAUAGGAUAUGGGAGGAGACUUGGCCUGGCAAUGGAGGAUGGGCUCUUGACAUUGGGGGCCCAGGCUGGCUGUUUGCUGUGAAGAAUUUUGCUCUUCUUGUGCUCACUUUACCGAAUCACAUACUCUUCAACCGCUUCAUGUGGGAUUAUGUCAGACAGACAGAUGCCAAGCUACUGCUGACACUACCGCUCAACUUGCCUUCGAUUAUAAUGACAGACAUACUUACUAUUCGGGUGUUAGGAUUGCUAGGAGCUAUGUACUCUCUUGCCCAGUACAUGAUAUCAAGGCGUAUAAGAAUCGCUGGGAUGAGAUACAUUUGA